CGCCAACAAAAAAUGGUCGUAAAAGCCGCGGGACUUGUGAUCUACCGGAAGUUGGCGGGAAAAAUCGAGUUUCUCCUGCUUCAAGCCUCCUAUCCACCACAUCACUGGACCCCACCAAAAGGUCACGUGGAUCCAGGAGAAGAUGAAUGGCAGGCGGCAAUUCGUGAGACUAAGGAAGAAGCUAAUAUUACAAAAGAGCAACUGACAAUUCAUGAAGAUUGUCAUGAAACACUCUUUUAUGAGGCAAAAGGGAAGCCAAAAUCAGUGAAAUAUUGGCUCGCCAAGCUCAACAAUCCAGACGACGUUCAACUAUCUCAUGAACAUCAAAAUUGGAAAUGGUGUGAAUUGGAAGAUGCUAUCAAAAUUGCCGAUUACGCUGAAAUGGGCAGCCUUCUCCGCAAAUUUUCCGCUUUUUUGGCCGGAUUUUAACGAUUUUUCACCGAUAAUUUCAUAUUUUUCGAAAAAAAAUAAUUUUCAUUUAUUUAUUUAAUGUAAACUUUUUAUUUAAUAUAAAUCUUUUCAUACACAA